AUGGCGGAGUCGGCGCGCUGGCGAACAGGACGAUUGAUACUCGUCCGAGAAACACAAUUCCAGUUAGUUGUCGGCUACCGCUCUGGUUGCUGUGUCACGUGGAGGAGCAGUUCAUGUCGCUCGAAUCGCAAAACGGCCUAUCCCAUCGUCGAUCGAGGGUCGCGAGUGAGGCUCGCGACGUGCGUGCGGUUGCCGCGCUGUCGUCUGAGUGGUCUUCGCAGGGAGUGUAUCGGCAACGCCGACGGCGUUGGCGGACAAGUCCGCGACGCACUGUCACCGAUGACGGUUGGUCGUUGGAUCUUGCCGCCACGAAACUGUCGGCGAACCCGGGUGCCGAAUCUGGCGACGACGGCGUUCACCCGUGAGGGGUUCGUGUCGGCGAAGGGUGACCGGCACGAUCGGUGUCGACGAUUGCGCCGGGCACGAUCACGACGAUUCCGUUGGGGGAAGAAGGAUCUCGAGUCGUCGAAGGCGUCGAUCACGGCAGAGAACGUGCACGUGAAGGUUGAUGCGUGCAUGGGGCCGGUGACGAUCCGCUCGUACGCACAACUGUCGGUGUCGACGGCGACGUCCGACAACACGUUGUUCGUGUGCUCCGAUCCCGCCUGGCUCCUGACCCUCGCAGACUUCGCCGGCGCUGCUGGCGAG